AUGUGGAGUAUGUUUGCAGUUACUUCUAUGUCUGAGUCCAGUGCUUCAACUGGUAUAUUGUCAGGUCCUGCUGCUUUACCAUUCUUGAUUUGUCUGAUGAUCAGCCCGGUUUCGUCGAUCGUCGGUGGUGUGACGUGUGUAGAAAAGUCUGUGUGUGUUGCCUUGAUGUUCGGUGGAUUCAAUGGAGCUGGUCUAUUGAAGGGAUUUUCAGUGUUCUACCCAUCUGUUCCUUUGUUCUUCAGUCUUAGUGAUUGUUUCUCCGUCGUGUCAUAUAG